AUGGGUUUGUUUAGAUCAUCAUGCUUAUUCAUCACCUUCCUCAGUUGCCUAGUCAUCUCGGUCCAUGGACAAGCCACAGCUAGGCCGCCCGGUUUUGGUGUUGGCCCGAGGCUCGGGUUUUACUCGACCACGUGUCCUAACGUCGAAACCAUUGUCCGAAACGCCGUGACAGCUGGCUUCAACGCUAACCCGAGAAUCGCACCCGGGAUACUAAGAAUGCUUUUCCACGACUGCUUCGUCCUAGGUUGUGACGCCUCGAUCCUUAUAUCCGGAACUAACACUGAGAGAACCGCCGGUCCAAACCUCAACCUCCGUGGAUUUGAAGUCAUCGACAACGCCAAAACUCAGCUCGAAGCUGCGUGCCCUGGAGUCGUCUCUUGUGCUGAUAUUUUAGCUUUAGCCGCUCGUGACUCCGUCGUCCUCACGAGAGGAAUAAGCUGGCAGGUACCAACUGGACGUAGAGAUGGUCGAGUUUCUUUGGCUUCGAACGCUAACAAUCUCCCUGGUCCCGGUGACUCAGUUGCCAUUCAACAGCAGAAAUUCACCGCUGUGGGACUCAGUACCCGCGAACUCGUCGUGCUCGCCGGGGCACACACAAUCGGAACAGCAGGAUGCGGUACAUUCAGCAACAGGCUAUUCAAUAGCACGGGAGGCGCGGAUCCAACCAUCGACCCGACAUUUUUGCCGCAGCUUCGGACACAGUGUCCCCAAAACGGCGAUGCUUCGGUGCGCGUUGAUCUUGACAACGGAAGCGGAACUACUUUCGACAAUUCCUACUUCAUCAACCUAAGCCGUGGCCGUGGAGUUCUACAAUCCGAUCAGAUCCUUUGGACCGAUCCAGCCACUAGACCCAUCGUGCAACAGUUGAUGAGUCCUAGAAGCACCUUCAACGCCGAGUUUGCGAGGGCUAUGAACAGGAUGAGUACUAUCGGCUUGCUUACGGGGACUAGUGGGGAAAUUCGUAGGGUUUGCUCUGCGAUUAAUUAA